AUGGAUAGCGAAGCAGGUAGUAGCAACAAGCCAAGCGGCCUGCUUGAUGCCGUUGAGCAUUUGGAAGCCGUCGCUUUUAUCCCGCCCAAGCAGAGAUAUACAGAUGCCAGUUUGUUAGCCAAAACAAUCGCUUCAGACGCGUACGAGAGCGGCCUACCGCAAUCCGUGCUGGCCCGUCUCCUGAAGAUUCUGACUGCGAAAAAUAACUUGGAUCAAGGCACAGUCACAACUCUGAUCAAGAAUCUAUAUCCUCAAGAGAGAAUUUCGUCCAGAAAUGUCACUCAAGUGGUAUGCUGUCUUGGGCCAAGCAAGAACAAACCAAGUCCCGCCACACAGGCCCUGCUAUUGCGCUGGUUGAUUCUUGCAUAUGAUCUUUUCGAAGAGAGAACGCAUCUUGCCAAGCUUUACGCGGUUCUCUUCAAUCAUUUGGAUAUGAUCAGUCUGCGAAAACCCCUGUGCCACCUACUUUCGCUUAUCACGAGACGAAAACAUGUCAAGCCGUUCCGGAUCCAAGCCUUGAUGGAGCUGCUUCAGACUGCUGGUGGCGAAGAGAAGGAACUUAUCAGCCUUCUCAGAACAUUCAAAAAUUUUUACCCGGAGAUCAUUCUGGGUGAUUUCGGCGGUUCGAGGAGGAAUGCUUUGUUCUUUAAACAUCCAGACCCUGAGUGGUCAAGCCAUGUCAAAGUGCUUCAAGAUCGCAAUCUGGAAAGGGUACAGGCGAACCAGGGAUCGAGCUUCCAAGUGGUGCACCGGGGUACUGUGAAGAGAAGCAGGAUCGAGGUGGUUAUUCCUGUGCUACAAACCUCACGGGUAUCCCACAAGCACACGUCCUUAGAGGAACUUCGUAAUAUUGGUCAUUUUGUCGACAAACUUGACAAGAUCGAGCUACCAAAUCAAAUUAUCUCGACUUUGGGCGAUGCAAUGGCUCAGAAGUAUCUGCAUCUGGUCCAAUCCGAACUUGCAAAUCACCGUCUGGAUGAAUGGUUGAGAAGCUUCCUCGAAGACAAGUUGGAGGUGUUACGGGAGGAUGAGGAUGAUGAGCCCGAGACAUUAUCAUAUGUGUUGGAUUCUGUUGUAGGAUAUGCUUCAUAUACCAAGGAUCUCCCAUCAUCAGUUCGUCAUUUUUUGAGGUCCUAUCUACAGAUCUGGAAUGGCAAAGAUAAUCGUGAUCACGUCUUCCGGCUUCUUCAGUACAUUCCCCUCGAAUCAUUUGAGUCUCUUCGGGGUGAAUUAUUGUCACCUCUAGAGUCAGCUGUGUUAGAUCAGAGUCUUUCCUCCAGAACGGCGUUGCUGAGUUUCUACUCAGCGUUAAUCAGCCAAUGGAGCGUGAAACUUCGAUCGGAACCGGAUGCGACGAUUCAAUCAGUUAAUUUGAGCCACACUAUCGUGCACGCCGAACUUCUAGCAUCCUCAAUACUGGAGUUGUCAGCGGAGGACGAGGAAAAGACGUCCAAGCCAGCUACAGUCUCUGUGCUCGACUUCUACAGGGGCCUUUCCGAACUUUUCUCUCACGCGCCCCAAGACCCUCGAUUCCGACUUACUCUUCCACAUGCACAAACCGUGUACACACUCGCCUUCACACCCAGCGUUGCUGUGAUCUCAAGUCUCAACUACAUAUUGGCAGUGUACAAGACUGCGUUUGAGGCCUCUCUCAGUUCCCAGAUUCUUCAAGCCAAAAACACACUGCCUUAUGAGACGGAUCUCGUUGGUCGGUUCAACGGCUAUGUCAUGGAUAUGUGUAAUGUGCUGUGGCGCAACCGUGCACUGAAUACCGAAGACCCGAAUGCACUGGGUUGCCUCAUUCCGGCAUCGACUACAACUGCCCUGACAAAUUAUAUCAAAGAAGUGUCCGAGACAGCCAAGCACUAUGAUCGUGAGAGUGCAUUCCAUGUUAGUCUUGCUUCGAUAUUCUCUCUCAGCCAUCACGCUGCGUUCUGCAAUCUAUCUGCGGCCUGUUUUUCGGAUCUGGAAGAAGACCAGAAGGUUGCGGAUGACCGCCCGAAACUGAGGAAGCCGGCUACUCAGAAAGUGCUGCUGGCGCUGGAGAAAGAUGGUGGUGCCAAGAUUACAUGGCAGGAAUACCGGGUGCAUAUGCUGGAUUGGUUGGAUUCGAUAGGAUGUCGGGGUACUGGCAUUCUGAUGAGAAGCACAAUGAAGGCUUUACGCAAAGAGUAA